UCCAUGGAGCAGAAGAGUCGACUGCCGCAGACUUCUUCCCUCUGUGGCCCCACAGCCACACACCCUCUCUCCUUGCCCACGAACGUUAACUUCCUUGCACCGUUCCAUUCCUUUCCUUUCUCCACAAUUCAGGGAGGAAGGAAGAGAGAGAGUGGGCGCCGCGGGGACGUGUGGCCUCAUCUCCUCCUCGCGUUCUUCUGUUUCGUGGUGCUCAAAGAAGGGAGGAAGAAAGAAGCAAGCCCCUGGCCUCUCUACCUUCGUUCCUAUUUCCCGAGUUGCUUCACAUGAAGACCAAAGAACGGCGCUGUCUCGGUGUUCCUCCCGUCUCUCUCUCUUUAUCCUAAAUGUCCAUUCUCGUGGGACUGGACACAGUUUGCAUUUCAAUUGGAUGCCACCGUCUCUGCUUGUUUUCUGACUUCUCCCGGUCAUGGCGAUCUCUGCGUCAUCCGUUUCGCUCCUCGCUUCUGUUUCUUGUUUUCAUUACUGCCAUUGCAAACACCGUAGUAGCAUGGAAUCUACUUUCUGGCGAGAUUUUGCUUCUCUGAAGGCCUAUCCUCGUCUUUAUCCAGGAGGUUGUUGCCAUUUUUCUUAUAUUCACUCCUUUUUGCCUCGGACGGGUAUAACACUGUCUUUGCUCAGUCGCAAAAAGUUGGGGAAUUAUCCAAUUUCACAGAAAUUGCGACAACUGCAAACUGCAACUGCAUCUGGUGUUCUAUUUGGAGGGCUUAAUGGCAGUGUUACCAAGGAGGCCUUAUCAAGGAAAUUCAGGGCAAAUGCUGAGGUCGAAAUUGCAAAUGCCAUCGACGUCAUGAAUGAUUUAGGUUUUGAUACCUUAACAUUCUUAGCAGUGACUGUAGUGGUUGUCCCUGCAUUCAGGAUCAUCAAAGCCAGCCCAAUACUCGGGUUCUUCUUUGCAGGAGUUGUUUUGAACCAAUUUGGCCUGAUCAGGAACCUCACUGAUGUCAAGAUCUUGUCUGAAUGGGGAAUACUGUUCUUGCUAUUUGAAAUGGGCUUGGAGCUGUCACUAGCACGACUAAAAGCACUGGCAAAGUUUGCUUUUGGGAUGGGAUUAACUCAGGUUGUUCUGUCAACACUUGCUUUCACGGCAUUUGAGUUACCACCUAAUGGAGCUAUUGGAACAAAAAUUUUGGAGUUCCUCUUUCAUUCAAGAUCCGAUUUGGUUAAUAUAAGAAGUGUCGAUGAAGCUAUAGUGAUUGGUGCUGCUCUUUCUUUGUCAUCUUCCGCGUUUGUUCUACAGAUACUUGCAGAGAAAGGAGAGCUGCCUACUAGAUUUGGUUCUGCUACUCUUGGGAUUCUCUUACUUCAGGACAUUGCUGUUGUCCCUCUCCUGGUUAUACUUCCAGUGCUGGAGAGCCAGAAUUUAGUACAAGAAAGUAUCUGGCCCAUGUUAGCGGCAGAGAGCCUGAAAGCUUUAGGGGGACUUGGCUUGCUCUCUUUGGGAGGGAAAUACCUACUUCGGCGUAUUUUUGAGGUUGUUGCAGAAUCAAGGAGUUCAGAAGCUUUUGUUGCUGUUUGUCUCCUCACUGUAGCAGGCACCUCGCUUCUUACUCAAAUGUUGGGCUUUAGUGACACGCUAGGAGCAUUUCUGGCUGGUGCAUUAUUAGCAGAGACAAAUUUCCGCACACAGAUUGAAGCAGACAUUAGACCUUUCAGAGGACUACUACUUGGGUUAUUUUUUAUAACAACAGGGACUUCCAUUGAUAUGCAGCUUCUUUUCCGGGAGUGGCCAAAUGUACUGUCUCUCCUAGGUGGUCUCAUUGUAAUCAAGACACUGAUAAUAACUGCGAUAGGGCCCCGUGUCGGGCUGUCUUUGCAAGAAAGUGUGAGAAUAGGACUGCUUCUAUCUCAGGGAGGAGAAUUUGGAUUCGUUGUAUUUUCUCUAGCCAACAGGCUUGGGGUAUUGCCACUUGAGCUGAAUAAGUUGCUUAUCAUUGUUGUCGUUUUAUCCAUGGCAUUAACUCCAUUUCUCAAUGAACUUGGGAGGACUGCUGCUGGCAUAAUCGAGGAGAAGAUGAAAGGGCAGGAAAAAGUUGCAGAUUCGGUGAACUUUGAUGCCACUGAUCCUGUUGUCAUUGUGGGCUUUGGACAGAUGGGCCAGGUCCUUGCCAAUUUCUUAUCAACUCCACUGGCCUCAGGUCUGGAGAGUAAUAUCAUGGGUUGGCCAUAUGUGGCAUUUGAUAUUGACCCCAAGGUUGUGAAGGCAGCUAGAAAACUUGGCUUUCCAGUUCUUUAUGGGGAUGGCUCUAGACCUGCAGUUCUGCAAUCAGCUGGAAUUUCUUCGCCAAAAGCUGUGAUGGUUAUGUAUACAGGGAGAAGUAGAACAGUUGAAUCAGUACAAAGAAUUCGGCUUGCUUUCCCAUCGAUUCCAGUAUAUGCUAGAGCUCAGGACCUUGGACAUCUCCUGGAGCUAAAGAAAGCUGGUGCAACGGAUGCAAUUCUUGAAAAUGCGGAGACCAGCCUUCAGCUUGGUUCAAAGCUUUUGAAAGGACUUGGUGCCAUGUCAGAUGAUGUAAGCUUCUUGAGUCAGCUUGUGAGGGAAUCAAUGGAGCUGCAAGCCCAAGAAGCACUUGAGAGAAAUGACACACGAGAGUAUGAAGUAUUGAAGCCAUUGCAGGUCAGAGUAUAUGAUAUGGUGGAUAAGCGGUCAGUCAAUUUGCCAAAUACAAGAGAUGGUGGAAAUGAAAUGCUCAACCGCUCAGAGGUUAACCAUGUCCCUGAGUUACGUGAUGGCCAUUCUGGCGACCAUAACGGUGAUGCAGGAGGUGAUACUUCAACAAGCAGUUCAGAAUAUGAACUUGAGAAAGGUGUCAAAUGGUGCGAAUUGGAUUCAGAUCUCGGACUUAUUGAGGAUACUCACGUUGAAAAUGAAAAGGAUGAGGUUGACUGUACAAUACCCUGUAUAACUCCUGCCGAUGGUUCGUAGACUACUUUCUGGAUCAAGUGUAGCUAUUCAGCUUCUAGCUAGCAUGUUAAAUUGGUUGCCAGCAGUCAAUUUUCCCUACAUUUGGAAGCAAUUGGUUGCUUGAGUUUCAAAUUUUGGCUCAUGAGAUCACGAAUGGGGAAGGUAAAGGAGGUUUUUUGGCAUCUCAAUUACUCGCAAUUCAAGCAGAUCCUUUGGUGGCUUCUUUUUCCAGCUUAAGAUUACGGAUAAUAGUCAUAUAUCCCAGUCGUGGGUGUAACAAGUGAAAAUUUCCUUGUAUCUGCCAUAGCAAUAAGGCCAGCUCGUGUAUAUUUUAUUGUAUAAAUAUUUAUUUUUUUUCCUGGUCUCUACUGCCUAGUGGCAUUGUUAUUUUAAUAAUAUGUUCUUUUAGGAAAUCUUGUACGGUGCCGUCCUGUUCUUUUCCAUUUUUUUUUUUUGGUGCAUCUAGGAUUAGUUACAGACAGUAGCUUAACUGCUGACAAUGUUCAAAACAUGCAAAAUGAAGAUGUCUUUUGCUUC